UUUCCGGCAGCUGCUGUCUUUGCAGGGUCUGAUCAAAUUCUUGAACACGACCAGAAAUAACCUGAAAGUCUGUCAACCUGAAUUCGUCAUGGCUGCUACUGGAGUUCUCCCUUUUAUCAGGGGGGUAGACCUAAGUGGGAACGAUUUUAAAGGGGGCUACUUUCCAGAGCAUGUCAAAUCUAUGUCCAGCCUGCGAUGGCUGAAGUUAAACAGAACAGGACUUUGCUAUCUUCCAGAGGAGCUGGCCUCCCUCCAAAAACUGGAACAUUUAUCAGUGAGUCACAACAGCCUGACAACCUUACAUGGAGAGCUCUCCAGUCUUCCCAACCUAAGGGCGGUUGUGGCAAGAGCAAACAACCUAAAGAACUCCGGAGUUCCAGACGACAUAUUUCAGCUGGAUGAACUCUCAGUACUGGACUUGAGCUACAACCAGUUGACUGAGAUUCCAAGGGAUCUGGAGAAUUCCAGGAAUAUGCUGGUUCUCAAUCUCAGUCACAAUGGCGUUGAUAACAUACCAAACCAGCUGUUCAUUAACCUAACUGAUCUGCUGUACCUGGACCUAAGUGACAAUAAAUUAGACAGCCUGCCUCCCCAGAUGAGACGUUUGGUUCACUUACAGACAUUGAUACUGAACAACAAUCCUCUCAUGCAUGCCCAGUUAAGACAAUUGCCAGCCAUGGUUGCUCUUCAAACCCUACAUUUGAGAAACACGCAACGCACUCAAAGUAACAUGCCCACCAGUUUAGAAGGCCUUGCUAAUCUAGCAGAUGUGGAUCUGUCCUGUAAUGAUCUGACCAGGGUGCCAGAAUGCCUGUAUACCUUGGCCAGUCUGAAGCGCCUUAACCUGAGCAGCAACCAGAUUUCUGAGCUCUCCUUAUGCAUUGAUCAGUGGACACAGCUAGAGACACUGAACCUCUCCAGAAAUCAGCUCACGUCUCUUCCGUCUGCCAUCUGUAAGUUGGCCAAGUUGAAGAAGCUGUAUUUGAACUCUAAUAAACUUGACUUUGAUGGCUUGCCAUCUGGAGUUGGGAAGCUGUCGAACCUGGUGGAAUUCAUGGCCGCUAAUAAUAACUUGGAGCUCGUACCUGAAGGCUUAUGCAGGUGUGGGAAGCUGAAGAAACUUGUGUUGAACAAGAAUCGCCUUGUGACGUUGCCAGAGGCUAUCCAUUUCCUCACAGAAUUAGAAGUUCUGGAUGUUCGAGAGAAUCCUAAUCUGGUUAUGCCCCCAAAGCCAGUGGAUCGGACAGCUGAGUGGUACAACAUUGACUUUUCCCUGCAGAACCAGCUACGUUUGGCUGGUGCCUCUCCUGCCACUGUGGCUGCUGCUGGAGGAGGAACAAAUCAGAGAGACCCCCUCGCCAGGAAGAUGAGACUGAGGCGACGCAAGGACUCGGCCCAGGACGACCAGGCCAAACAGGUGCUGAAGGGCAUGUCGGAUGUGGCCCAGGAAAAGAACAAGUCCAUGGAGGAAAACGGGGAUCUGAAAUACGCUGACCUGAAAACGAAGCGCUGGGAUAAGAACCUGGAGAAGCCUUCUCUGGACUAUUCUGAGUUCUUCACAGAGGAUGUCGGCCAGAUCCCAGGUGUUACUGUAUGGCAGAUUGAGAACUUUGUGCCCAUGCAGGUGGAAGAGGCCUUUCAGGGGAAGUUCUAUGAAGCUGACUGCUACAUUGUGCUCAAGACAAGUUUGGAUGACAAUGGAGCGUUGAACUGGCAGAUCUUCUACUGGAUUGGGCAGGAGGCUACUUUGGACAAAAAGGCAGGCGCUGCCAUCCACGCUGUCAAUCUGCGGAACAACCUGGGGGCGGAGUGCAGGACAAUCCGUGAGGAAAUGGGAGAGGAGAGUGAGGAGUUCAGUGCGGUAUUUGAGAAUGAAAUCUCAUACAUUGAGGGAGGAACUGCCAGUGGAUUCUACACAGUUGAGGACAACCAGUAUCCAGCAAGGCUGUACCGAGUGUAUGGAAAGAAGAAUAUCAGAUUGGAAUCUGUCCCCGUUAAGGCAUCUUCACUUGACCCACGGUUUGUCUUCUUGAUGGACAGUGGUCUGGAACUGUUUGUGUGGAGAGGUGCAAAUGCCACACUCAGUGGCACCACGAAAGCCAGAUUAUUUGCAGAGAAGAUCAACAAGAAUGAGAGAAAGAGCAAAGCUGAGAUCACAUCAUUAAUGCAGAAUUCAGAGCCCCCUGAGUUCUGGGAAGCACUUGGAGGUCAACCUGAGGAGAUCAAGAAGCAUGUUCCCGAUGACUUUGCACCAAUUCGACCCAAGCUUUACAAGGUUGGACUGGGCCUGGGAUACUUGGAGCUUCCCCAGAUCAACUACAAGCUGUCUGUGGAACACAAGAACAAGCUCAAGCUGGAUGUCAUUCCUGAGCUCAGACUGCUUCAAAGCCUUUUGGACACCAAAGGGGUCUACAUCCUGGAUUGCUGGUCUGAUGUGUUCAUCUGGAUUGGACGCAAGUCUCCAAGGCUGGUCAGAGCAGCUGCCCUGAAACUGGGACAGGAGUUGUGCAGUAUGCUGCACCGGCCCAAACACGCUGUGGUCACCCGCAACCUGGAGGGGACGGAGCUCCAGGUCUUCAAGUCCAAGUUCAAGAACUGGGAUGAUGUGCUCAAGGUGGACUAUACUAGGAAUGCUGAAAGCGUCCAACAGAAAGAUAACCUGUCUGGUAAGGUGAAGAAGGAUGCAGAGAAGAAGGACCAGAUGAAGGCAGACCUGACGGCCCUCUUCCUUCCCAGGCAACCCCCUAUGCCACUCACUGAGGCGGAGCAGAUGAUGGAAGAAUGGAAUGAAGAUUUGGAUGGAAUGGAAGGAUUUGUUCUGGAAGGAAAGAAGUUUGCCCGCUUGCCAGAGGAAGAGUUUGGUCACUUCCAUACUCAGGACUGUUAUGUAUUCCUGUGCAGGUACUGGGUGCCUGUCGAGUACGAGGAUGAUCCAGAGAAAGGAAAGGGCAGAGGGAAAGGGGGAGAGGAUGCUGAUGACGACGAGAAACAGCCGGAGGAGGACUUCCAGUGUGUCGUGUACUUCUGGCAGGGCAGGGAGGCCUCCAACAUGGGUUGGCUGACGUUCACCUUCAGCCUGCAGAAGAAAUUUGAGAGUUUGUUUCCAGGCAAACUUGAGGUGGUCAGAAUGACCCAGCAGCAAGAAAACCUCAAGUUUCUUUCCCACUUUAAGAGGAAGUUCAUCAUCCAUAAAGGGAAGAGGAAGUUGAAGGUGGACAACGUUCAGCCAAGUCUGUACCACAUCAGGACAAAUGGCAGUGCCCUGUGUACUAGGACGAUUCAGAUAGCCACAGAUUCAAGUAACCUCAACUCGGAAUUCUGCUUCAUAUUGAAGGUGCCCUUUGAAAGCACAGACAACCAGGGAAUAGUGUACACGUGGGUGGGCCGAGCAGCAGACCCAGACGAAGCCAAACUCGCUGAGGACAUCAUGAACUGCAUGUUUGAUGACACCUACAGUAAGCAGGUUAUAAACGAAGGAGAAGAGCCUGAAAACUUCUUCUGGGUUGGCAUUGGCUCACAAAAGCCUUAUGAUGAGGACGCUGACUACAUGAAAUAUGCUAGACUCUUCAGGUGUUCCAAUGAAAAGGGUUACUUUGCUGUAUCCGAGAAGUGUUCAGACUUUUGUCAAGAUGACCUGGCUGAUGAUGACAUUAUGCUUCUGGACAAUGGGAAAGAAGUUUACAUGUGGGUGGGCACUCAAACCAGCCAGGUGGAAAUCAAACUAAGUCUGAAAGCUUGUCAGGUCUACAUCCAGCACAUGAGGUCCAAGGAGGCAGAGACCCCGAGGAAGCUCAGACUAGUACGCAAGGGCAAUGAGCCUCACUGCUUCACGCGUUGCUUCCAUGCUUGGAGCACCUUCAAGACGGCUCUUGCAUAGAGCCUUCAUGAGGCCUUUUACCGCCAACCCUACAGCCACCUUGCUCCACAAACCUUAGACAUUUACACUGCAAGAAGCCCUCUGUUUCCGUAGGACACUGCAAUAUAUUAUCAUCACCUUUCCUUACAAAGCUUGUAUACAUGUAUGGUACGUUUGCUAUGGAUUUCAACAAUAGAAUUUAUUUUUAAGUGUUUGGUGGUUAGCUUGAGAAGGGUCUUAGAGUUCGUUUCAGAGGUCAUAUGCAAUAUGUUAUAACUCAUAUAUUUUUCAGUGAUAUCUUCAUCAAGGGAUUACUCUUUUUUUUUUUUUUUUUUCCCAUCACAUAUCCAUUAACAAACAAGUACAUAAAGAAUUUAUAAUGACAAAUGGAAAAUGUGUAUGGAUGCUUCUAUGUUGGCAGAUUAGCUUGUUCAAACUACUGUGCAUAUAUUUCUGUUGAACGUUUUCUUAUUUUUCAGUAUUUGAAGAGUUCCAUAUCAAAUACAAAUGAUUCAGAGGCUUUAGUCCAUACCAUGGACACAUGAAAGACAAUGCCUAUGUAGAAUGAAAAGCACAAAGAACCUGUCAGUUUUUGUUGGUUCAUGCAUUCCUCUACGUGGUUUGUGCCAUUGACAGCUGAUAUGGUUUUGGUUCUUUUGCAUAAGAAUGCCGUCCUAGCAAUUAUGUAAGAGCUUACGCCACUGUAUGGGGAAUUUACUGUGCCAAGAAUGACUGAAGAUGAAAAAGCUAGGUUUGUAAGGUGCUGUCUUCCCCAAUAUAUAUUGUUGUAAAAGGAACAUUUUGUAACUCGUUUAAAAGCUGGCUGUCCCUACAAAUUCCUCAAGAAAUUGCCACUAUCAAGUUUAUCAUGUCCAAAAUACAGUCAGAAGUGUUGUGGUCUUGCCAAGAGAUUACAUGUAGAGAUAUUUCUGCUAUUUAGAAACGUAACAGUUUUAGUGUGCAUUUAAUAUUUUAACCAACAAUUUAUAUAUAUUAUAAAUAUAUAUAAUGACACAAAAUAUGCUCACAAGCCACUGUAAACUGCCUAAUUUUGUCCCACACUCUUUGACCUCUAAAUGAUUAUGUACUUUCAUUGUCACUGUAAAAUAUUUCUUGCCUGUAGACCCACCUGCAGAUGCUCUAUUUAUGUAUUUUAUAUGGAAAUAAAGUUUUCUCUCAAAUA